AUGGGCAGCCAGUCGAUACCCCCUUUUCAGGAAAGCGUGUACUCUACCGCGUCCUCAGAAGACCAGGAAGGCUCCCGAGGCAUUGAACGGUGGAUGCGCUGCCCGACGCCGCCCAUUUCCGACAAGUUCGCUGAAUAUUCGUGGAGCGAGAAAGCGCCCCAGGGGGUACUCGUGCAAGAGCCAGCGAGGGUAUAUAUCACCGGCGAAUUCACCAUGCCAACGAAGAAACAGAAGCUGGCCGGUAACAAUGAUGUUGGGAAGCUGGAUUCGACUCCUGUACGGGAGGGUAGCACUCAGUGUGCUCAGUCACUGGUGGGCUCCCAGGACGUGAUGGACCUGUUUGAUGCGAAGGCGAAGGACUGGACGCAUGACCCCAAGCACCCCGAGCAGAGAGAGUUCUUGGCGUGCCCCUUUUGGAAGCACAAUCCUUCCAGAUAUCGGCACGUCAAGAACGUCUGUACGUCGGGUACGGGAUUCAAGGAUGUUGGGAAACUGACGGAGCAUAUCCGAAGAGUGCACGCCUUGAGAUUUGGCUGCGAGAAGUGCGGACUGCGGUUUACGAAGUGCCGGGUCGAGGAAGUCGACGACGAGAAACGCAGGCACGUGGUACACUGCACGAAGCCCAAAGUGAAGCUGCCGGAUUCCGAACCCGAGUGGAUGGACAAGUCCCAAGAUGAGAAUUACCGGGAGCUGAAUUUUCAGAAGGAUAAGGGGGGCCCCGAAUCAUGCUGGCACAAGAUAUGCCGCGCCUUGUGGGGCCCGGACUCUAAGAACGCGAUCGAGGGAGCCUACAACGGGGCAGGCUUCCAACUGGAGGUUCUCCGCUGGGAUUUCAUGGCGGGGUUGAGAGAACUAGCAGCGCAACAGCCGCCGCGCAAAGAGAGCGCCCACGAAAGAAGCGAGGCAUCAACAAGCACGGCCGAACCCGAUUCCAACCUAGACCCAAGGCUGCUCUCGCAGCAGGCGCUGCAGGAUCUAGCAAACGGGCCCGCGCCCUUCUACAGAGACUCGAGCAGGAAGGACUCGGGCGUGUACUCGAUGGACCAGCCUGGGAUUCUCAAGCAUCCCUUCGACCAAAACGGGGACGGUGUCGGUUUCGGCGAUGCGCCACCGCUGGGGAAUCCGGACUUCUGCAACGAUAUGCAGGGGCAGGGGGCCUGGGCACACGAUCUCGACGCGUUCUCGAAUGCUCAUUUUGCCAGCAAUUAUAUCGAUAUGGAUGAGGAUUGCUUGGCAUAUGAAGUAACGUAG